AACUAAAAGCCGAAGGAUACCGAACCGCCUGAGAGUUACCGAGAAGCUGGCGGGAAGAGGCGUCGCCGCCGGUAAACCGCCAUGGGCAAGCAGAAGCAACAAGUUCUUUCCCACUUCUUUCAACCUACACCCAAGGAUUCCUCCUCCGCCUCUGCCGCCGGCAAUUCACGGUCACAAAGCACGCGCACUCCGCCCACGCCAAAAAUCGCCACCACCGUCUCCUUUUCUCCGGCCAAGCGCAGCCGAGCUGCGCUGCUCAAUUCACUCCACAAUAAACGUCCGAAGCUCGAUCAGCCUUCAGGCUCCGAUAACUCCGAGUUACCUCUACCGAACCCUACGCUGCACCAGAAGUUCCUCAGCAAGCUUCUGGAACCUCCUCAAGACCUCCUGGAACCCUCCAAAAACAGGAGAUGUGACAAUAUUAUAAACCCUAAGUACACGCCGUUAGAGCAGCAAGUAGUUGAACUCAAAGAAAGGUACCCUGACGUGCUUUUAAUGAUCGAGGUUGGUUAUAAAUAUAGAUUUUUUGGGGAGGAUGCUGAGAAUGCUGCUAGAGUGUUGGGUAUAUAUGCACACAUGGAUCAUAAUUUUUUAACUGCUAGUGUUCCGACGUUUAGGCUGCAUGUUCAUGUGAGGAGGCUUGUAAGUGCAGGCUAUAAAGUUGGUGUUGUUAAGCAAACCGAGACAGCGGCAAUAAAGGCUCAUGGCACCAAUAGGCUAGGUCCAUUUUGUCGUGGUUUAUCGGCAUUGUAUACUAAGGCAACUUUGGAGGCUGCUGAGGAUUUGGGGGGUGGGGAGGAAGGCUGUAGAUUGAGUAGUAAUUAUUUAUUUUGUGUUGUGGAGAAGGCAAAGGAGAAUAUGGAGAGUGGAGUGGAUGUGACGAUUGGGGCUGUGGCAGUCGAAGUUUCGACUGGUGAUGUUGUGUAUGGACAGUUUGAUGAUAAUUUUAUGAGGUCUCGGUUGGAGGCCAUGGUUUUGAACUUAACUCCUGCUGAAUUACUUCUUGGCAGAUCAUUGUCUAACCAGACCAAGAAGUUGCUGUCGGCAUAUGCUGGACCUGCCUCAAAUGUGCGAAUUGAGCAUGCUUCACAAGAUUGUCUUGAUAAUGGCGGUGCCCGAUCUGAACUGAUAUCACUGUAUGAGGGCUUAAUUAAAGAUAAUCUUACAAAUGAUCAUUGUGGAAAGGUUGCAUCAUCUACCCAAGGCAAUAACUUGGCACUAGAGGGAAUAACCGGUAUGCCUGAUUUGGCUAUUCAAGCUCUAGCUUUGACCACCCGUCAUCUGAAAAAAUUUGGGUUUGAAAGAAUUUUGUGCUUGGGAGCUUCAUUCCGGCCUUUUUCUAGCAUCAUGGAGAUGACCCUUUCAGCCAACACUCUGCAACAGCUGGAGGUGCUGAAAAAUAACUCUGAUGGUUCUGAGCAAGGUUCAUUGUUGCAUUGUAUGAAUCACACGCUCACUGUAUUUGGUUCAAGACUUCUCAGACACUGGGUAAGUCAUCCCUUGUGUGAUAGAAAAAUGGUAUAUGCUCGUUUUGAUGCUGUUUCAGAAAUAUUGGAAUCCAUGACUUCCAAAGAUUCAGAGGUUGACUAUGAUGGGAAAAUUUCCAAAAUUACUGCUGCGCAUGAUCUUCAUCAUAUGCUAUCCUCAAUUUUGAUUUCAUUAGGAAGGGCACCUGAUAUUCAGCGUGGGAUUACAAGAAUUUUCCACAGGACUGCUACUGCAUCAGAGUUUAUUGUGGUUGUUCAAGCUAUAUUAGUUGCUGGAAGACAGCUGCGUCAACUACAUGUUGAAGAAGAGAAUGAAGACAAACAAGUUAGCACUUUGCGCUCUGUUUUGCUAAGAAAGUUGAUAUUGACAGCCUCCUCUCCCAGUGUUAUCAAAGUUGCUGCAAAAUAUUUGACUAUGUUGAACAAAGAAGCUGCUGAUCAACAAGAUCUUCCAAAUCUUUUCAUUCUCUCUGAUGGAAAUUUUUUGGAGGUAGCAUCUGCAAAGUCGAAAGUUCAAUUGGCAAAUGAUAAGUUAAUUGAAUUGCUUUCUUUAUAUCGGAAACAGCUGCGGAAGAGCAGUCUAGAAUAUAUCAGUGUAUCUGGAGUCACUCAUUUGAUAGAGCUGCCUCUUGAUGCAGACGCACCUUCAAAUUGGGUUAAAGUAAAUAGUACCAAGAAGACAAUUAGGUACCAUCCACCUGAAGUACUGAAAGCUCUAGAUCAGUUGACCCUGGUGACUGAGGAACUCUCUGUUGCUUGUCGAGCUGCUUGGGAUAGCUUUCUGAGGGCGUUUAAUUGCUCAUAUUCCGAGUUUCAUGCUGCUGUCCAAGCAUUAGCUGCUUUAGAUUGCUUAUAUUCGCUUGCUGAGCUUUCUAAAACUAAGAAUUAUGUUCGUCCAACUUUUGUCAGUGAUGAUGAACCUGCGCAGCUUAUCAUCAGAUCAGGUCGACAUCCGAUUAUGGAAACUAUUUUGCGAGAUGAAUUUGUUCCCAAUGAUACCGAUCUACAUGCAGAUAAGCAGUACUGCCAAAUUAUUACCGGACCAAACAUGGGUGGCAAGAGCUGCUACAUUCGCCAAGUUGCCCUUAUAUCACUUAUGGCUCAGGUUGGUUGUUUCGUACCAGCAGCUUCAGCAAAACUGCACAUUCUGGAUGGCAUUUAUACUCGAAUGGGGGCUUCGGACAGCAUCCAGCUUGGCAUAAGCACUUUCCUGGAAGAAUUGAGUGAGGCGUCCCACAUUCUUCAGCACUGUACUUCUCGUUCGCUGGUCAUAAUCGAUGAACUUGGGCGAGGCACGAGCACACAUGAUGGUGUGGCCAUCGCUUAUGCUACCUUGCACUAUCUUCUGGAGCACAAAAAAUGCAUGACCCUUUUCGUCACCCAUUAUCCUGAAAUAGUUGAUGUCAGAAAUGAGUUCCCGAGCUCGGUGGGAGCAUACCAUGUUUCGUAUUUGACAGCUCAGAAGGAAACAGAUUUCAAACCUGAUCAGGGUGUGGAUGCUGCCCAUCAUGACGAUGUUACGUACCUUUACAAACUCGUGCCCGGUGUUUCGAAAAGCAGCUUUGGGUUCAAAGUCGCCAAACUUGCACAACUACCUUCCUCGUGCAUUAGUCGAGCUGUGGACAUGGCGGAAAGGCUGAAACACGAAACAUACGAAGGAAGGAAAAGCAAGCUAUUAACCAUCCAUUCGACCGAUGACCAUAAAUCGGAAGAUACAGAAGCAGCAAGUAGAAACCAGGAAGAAAUCGAUAAACCUUUCAGUAAUUUAUUACUUCACCUGACUCUCGCCUUGCGCGACGAAGAAGAUGAUGCCCGGAGGCUCCAGAGUCUGAAACACGCCAAAACCGUCGCGAAUAAGCUCAUGCAUAUCUGGUAAAUUGGUAAGACUUGUCUUUUCUGUGUACAAUCAUCUCAUCUGAUUACUGCAUGGACAUUGGAAUGAAGAUGAAUUCAUUAAUAAAUAGUUUUGAUGUAUAACAGUUUGUUGUGCUUGAUCUUAGGUUGACUUGACUCACAAUCAAUCUUGCCCAAUAG